CGCACGCCUCCGCCCGCCGGAGUUCUCUGGGAUGGAGUCUUUUUGGGACCACCGCUUUUGUCCUCCCGGCCACCCAAGUGGCUGCAGACUUCCGGAUGGCACCGGCCGCAGCCCCGCCCCCUAUGGAUCCUCCAAUCGCUGCGCUCGUAAGGCAGGAAUGGGUGUGGCUUGAGAAAUUCGAAAGAAACCCCGCCCCCCGGGAGCCAGUUCCCAGAAACCGGGAGGUUGUAGGACAAGAGCGUCCUGCGUGGACGCUCAGAUCUAAGCUGAAUCGUUUCUGCUGGCUGGGCAUGGAGGAUUUGAAAGAAGAUGUCAAGUUUAUUAUGGAUGAGACCUUGGACUUUGGAGGGUUGUCCCCAUCUGACAGUCAUGAGGAGGAAGAUUUAACAACAGUGGUGGUGACUCCAGAAAAACCGCUUCGACGGGGCCUCUCCCACCGGAGUAACACAAAUGCAGUAGCUCCCACUCUCCAGGGUGUGAGGCUCAGCUUAGGCCCUCUCAGCCCAGAGAAGCUGGAGGAGAUCCUCGAUGAGGCUAACCGCCUGGCAGCUCAACUAGAGCAGUGUGCCCUGCAAGAGCGGGAGAGUACAGGGAUAGGCCCUGGAAAGCCCAGCUCUUCAGGGAAGCCCAGCCCUCGUCGUGAGACCUUUGUGCUGAAGGAUAGCCCUGUCAGAGAUCUGCUACCCACGGUGAGUUCUUUGGCUUGGAGCACACCAUCCCCAAACAGCCUAACUCGUCUUCGGAACAGUGAUAAAAAGGGGUCGGCCAGGGCUGUUCGGGUGACAUCUGGAAAGAAGCCCUCCAGCACAAAGAAGGAAUCGCCUACGUGCAAUCUGUUCCCUGCAUCCAAAAGCCCAGCAUUGUCUCCUCUUGCACGAUCAACUCCUCCAUCCCGGGGGAAAGCUGGGCCCAGUGCAAGGGCAACAGCAAGUGAGAUCCAGGCAGCAAAACUGUGGACAACAAGGGUUAGGGGCCCACCUACCCCUGUCAAACCAGCCUUAGCCACACAGCCCUCAACCAGCAACUCUCAACGCCCAUCCCGACCACAGGGAGCAGCUGCUAAAUCUUCCAUUCGACCACCUAUUCCUUCAGCCAUCCCCAGGCCUGCCACCCGAAUGGCACUCCCUAGCAGGAGCGUACUACCUAGCAAAGGCGCCCUACCUCCAGAUUCUCUCUUAACUCGGAAAGGGCUUCCAAGACCAAGCACUGCAGGGCUCAGAGCUCCUGUUUCCCAGCGACCGAAUCUUCCAGCCACCAGCACCACUCGGAGCAGUCUGCAGCCCCCCAGGAAAGUUGCAGUCCCAGGACCUACCAGGUAAAGAGACCAGAACAGCAAGCAAAUAUUCAGUAGCAAACCACUACAGUCACAGCCUAGACUUGCCUCUGCCAGUGGGCCCUGACUCCAGCAGAUUCUUGCCCAGAGACAGGAGGAAGAGAUGCUUCCAGGGCUGAUCUCUGAGGUGGAGACCAUUGGCAGGAGAGUGGAUUGAGCCUGAGGCUACUCAAACUAUCUGGACUGAAAGAAGAGAGAAGGAAGUCACCUCUCAGUAGAGAAAUUAAACAAAAUAAGAAAUGUAGGCAAGUAGCUUGUCUCCUUCCACCUGCACUCUUGUGGUCAGCCCUGGAGAGUUUGACUUCUUCCCAAGCCUUGGUUCACUGGACAUUUCCAUAUUAGUAACCUGUGUAGCCAGCUUCCUGCUCUCUGAGGAAAGGUCUUCCUGAAUCAUUUCCUCUACCUGACUCUGCCUGUUUGGAGAGACACCUACUCUGUAGAACUUGUUUCCUCUGAAUUCUAUAACCCUUCAUGGGCCAGUCAUUGAUAAGCUUACUCUGUUGGUCUGAAGUAAAAUGAAUGUAUUUUUAUAUUUUUCUGUGUAUCCAAAAGUAGAUCUUAACAAAUUUGGAGUAAACCUUUGUAAUUCUAGCAAGAAAGCUGGAAUGGUCCCCAGGCCAGGGGAUCUGACUAGCUCCUAGUGCCUUGAACCUCCAGCUCAGCAGGCUGUGACUAGCCCCUUGUCGGUAUUCUGUGGAACCAGGCUGCCUUUCUGUAGUUUCAUGGUUUUAGGUGGUCCAGAUCCACGUUAAAUGUAGCUCAGUUCACAGUGUGUGAGGUUAUUCUGCUAGGAUCUAAGUAUGCUAUUAUUCAUAUCUUAAAUUGAAUAUUGUUUUCUGGUAAGACAAUGGAGCCCCUGGAGAUCUCUGGCUUCUUGUCUGCUGUACUUAGGGGAUAAAGAAGUCCUUUGGUGGUAUUCAGCUUCCCUGAUCACCUCAGCCAGAAGAUACUGGAUCACUUUGCCAUAUCUACCUCACAUCAUUAAAGUUGCCUGUCUUCCCCUCUCACCUCUCCUACCAGACUUGAGGACGGGCAUCAGAACUUACAAACUUCUACAAUGCCCCUGUGUUAUAACUUGUAUGUGGUAGAACAUUGCACUCAUUUAAAAUGAGCACAGGUUUGUGGGUAUUUGAUGAAUAAAUGAUGAAACUCUUUU